AUGCUGUCAAUCAAAUUGUUCCACAUGCUUUUGUACAUUGUUGGCUUGAUUGCACUGUGCAAAAAUCAUUCUGUCGAUGCAUCAAUCAUGUUCAAACGCUUCGCCGACGAUUCAUUUGGAAGUCAAGUAGUGCUUCUCGAGCCAAUCACUGUUUUAGAAAACCCUUUUGCUCGUCGUUCAAGCCAUGACAAAAAAGAUCAAAGCGGUAAUAGUGGCUCUGGUAACAGUGGAAGCGGCAGUGGUAGCGAUCGUGGUCCAAAGUUACCAGCCCAGCCACCUCGUAAAAAUUGGAAACCGUACGUCCACAAGACGUAG